AUGAAGAUAGCUUGCUUUAGUUUUUUAUUUUCAUUCAUAUUUUGCUAUGAUAAGAGGCUUUAUGACUCCAAUCUUCCUAUUUUUGAGCCUUUUCCAACUGCGGUAAUUGAUCGUGAUGAAUUAUGUAGCAAUGGAUCAACAUAUAAUAUUGCCCUUUUUACUUCUAAUUCUAGAAAUAUGAUUGCACUGAAUUUAUAAUAAUGCGGAUUUGCAAUAUAUGAUAUUACUGAUCCUCAAAACAACUUACAGCUUUUAAAACAUUUUCAGUUUGAUUCUAUUAAAGAUUAGGUAAUUUCUUUAAGCAUUACAAACUCAGAUAAAUUACUUUGGGUUAGCUAUGCUACAGGUAUCCUUGAAGUAUACGAUAUUUCUUAACCAAUUUUACCUCUUAUGAUCUCAACUAAUAUCACAUACAAUGGUAACUUAGAUAACGUAAAUCAAGUUAUAUAAUUAAAAGAUCUCAAUUUUAUAUUUUUAGUAUGUUUUAACAACUUCAAACUUAUUACUUGGUAGAAUAAUGAUAUUCAAAUUACUAAAACAAUUGACCUUGCUGAUUGGUAUAUAGAUAACCUUAAAUUAGCUUUAAAUUAAAAUCUAUUAAUUGCUUAAGGGUCUCUUUCUCUACAUUUCUAUUAACAGUCUUUUGAUGAUUUGUAAAAAGGUAAUCUUUAUUUUAUAUGCACUUACACUCCCUCAGCUGCUUAUUCCCUAAGUGCAUUUGAAGUAAUUUAAGAAAGCAUUCUAGUCAUUCAAAUUGAUUUAUAUUAAUAUAUAAUGAUUGAUAUAAGAAAUUAUAUUUCUUCUUUUGAUGGAAGCUCCUGCGAUACCAAUAAAAUAACCUACCUUGAUAGCUAUCCUUCGAAUCCUUUAGGUGGAAGUUUUGCACUUUCUAUGGACCAAAAAUAUUUAUACACUUAGUAGAGUUCACUUGGAGUGCUCAUCUUUGAUGUUAGUUAAAAAAAGCUUGAAAUUUUUCAGACUAUAUCGACUGGAGGAACUAGUAUGGAUAUUUAGUUAAGUAGCGAUGGUCAUUAUUUGUAUUAUUCGAAUUGGUUUAAAACUCAAAUAUUUCAACUCACAAAUCCAAAUUUAAAUUUAGAUGUACCGAAUUUACUUUUAAACUAAUAUUAGUUAACUAGCUAUAACUUUUUUAAAGGACCAGGAGGUAGCUUUGAUAAUUAAAUUAUUUAUUAAGAACCUCAAAAUGUUUUGUAUAUGGCUCGUAAGGAUCAAGGAAGUGCAAUAUUUUAGUAUGAAGGUGAUAGUAUAUUAAAUUUAGUCUCUUAAUUAGAUAAUGGAUUGUCUGAAACUUCAGUUUCAUAUCAAGUAAAUAUCCCAGGCACAACAAUAUUUUAUUAAAGCAGAGAAAUAUUAGGUUUACAAAUAGUAGACUUUAAAAACAUAAGUAAUCCUGUUGUAUUAAAAACAAAUAUUACACUUGGAUUACAAAAUAUAAAAUUUGAAUAGAUUAUUUUUAAAAAUGAUGGUAAAAUAGGUUUUAUAGCUAAUGUUGUUUAAUUGAUAGUAAUAAGCAUCGAAGAUGUGCUUAAUCCUAAAGUAAUAAAAACUUUAGAAACAUCAAUAUAUCUAGGAGGAGAUUCAAGUUUGUACAAAUUCUCUAUUUCAAACGACCAAAAAACUCUCUUGCUUUUCCCUGAGUUUUAUGGGAUAGUUUUUGCAGACAUUGAAGAUCCUAAAAAUCCAAAAUUCCUCUUUAAAAUAUAUCUUGGAUAAAUCUACUUCUUACAAUAAACUAUAGAUAGCAAAUACUUAAUUUGUGGAGUUUCUUUUUAAGGAGUUUUUAUCUACUUAAUUAAUUCAGAUCGUUCUUUGACUUUAGUUUCUACUGUGCUUAUUUAAGGAGUUGUUUACUUUUAAUGGUUGAUUUAUAAUGAUAAUUAUUUGAUUGUAACUACAGCUGAAAUAGAUUCAAUUCUAUUAGUAAAUAUUAUUGAUAAAACUAAUCCUAUUAUUACUUAAAUUAUCUAUUUUCCAGAAAAUGAUCCUAUUUAUUGGCUGCUUACCUCUUAGGAUUAGUCCUUCAUUUUUGCUUCAGCGUAAUAUGCUCUUUACUAAUUGUUUAUUUAAAGCCCAAUAAUUUUUCAUUCUCAAAUUUAUAAGUUAAUACCUAUUGCUAAUUCUAAUUAGUAUUCUAGAAAACGCAUUUAAUCAAAUUAGGUCUUUCAAGUUGGUGAUUAAAUAGAAAUUUACCUUGUAGAUAUUUAUUAAUCAACAAAUUUAUAUAUUAACAAAGCGCUGUAUUACAUUAAUUUUGUUGUAAAUGAUUUACCUAGUUGGAUUUAGUACUCUCCUUCCAGCUAAGUGCUAAGAAUUUAAGUUGCUAAAGAGUCUUUGAUUGCUGAUUCUAAUGGGAAAUAUACUCAAAAAUCCUUACAAUAAGUUAUACUGCUGAGCUACUAAAAGCUUAGCGAUGAUAUUUUUGAAAAUAAAAUAUUAGGAAUUAACUAAGACGAUUCUAUCAAACUAAAGUAAGUAUGCAUGAAUGUAGGAUACAUUGACAAAUCUGGAUUUGUUGCUCCUUCAUAUUCACCUAAUAAUGUUUUCAACUUAGGUUUAGAUUCUUAAUCUUACUAAUAUCUGUAAAAAUGGAAUUAAACAGAAAGCUAACUCUAAUCUAUUCUAGAAUUUAUUUAAUUCAAACUGAAUCAAAAUAUCAUAAACUAUGUUAUCCAAUUUUACACUGAACCAUCUCUUAAAGUUAACUUUACUAAUUCCAAAAAUCCUAUUUAGUCAAAUUAGGAUUAUUUAUCAGUAACUCUUCAAAUAUUUAAUGGGAAAUUUGUUUCCAAACUUUAUCCAGGAAUACUUGUGUUAAUAAAUUCUGAGCAAGAUACGAUUUAGCUUCAAGGUACUGUGAAAAAUAUAAAUCUAGCAUUAUAUUAAAAGAUAAGUUUAUUUUUCAAUUAAACUUCAUUACUUAAUUCUACAAAAAUUUAAAUAACUAUUGAUGACUUCAUUAAUUAUAAGUAUAUUGAUAGCUUAAAGCUUCUAAAUGCAAGUUUUAUCUCAUUUCAAUCUCCAGUAGUAAUAAAUACAAAUCUAUAAAGUGACUUUAAUCAAUAAUAUGAAAAGGGAGAAAUUGCUGUUCAAACUCCUUUUAGUUACAAAGUAAGUGAUAAAAUAUUUAAGUGCUUGGACUCUCCAUAAUUAUUUUAUUCUGCAAAAAUGAAAAUGGAAGAUAAUUCAUUUAAAGAUAUUUCAAGUGGAUAUUGGCUCAGUUUUUCUUCAACUGAUAGAACAUUUUUCGGCACUGCUCAGCUCAGCUAAUUUAAUUCAGAAUAUACUAUAGUUAUUUCUGCCACUGAUGGCUAUACAUCUGCCUAAGAUGAAUUUAAAAUAAAAGUUAAUAUAAUUCCAUUCUUUGUAGUGUUUUAAAUCAUAGUUUAAAUUGUUGGCCCUCUUUUAGGAGUUUUCGGAAUUUGGAAAUAUAGGACUGUAUUUUAUAAUAUUAUAUUUAAGUUUUAGAUUAUUUAUACAAACGAGAUUGCAUAUGUUUCAGAAUAUUAUGAAAAGAAUAUAAUAAUUACUGAUAACUAGUUAAAAAUAGCAAGAAUACUUUGGAAAUAUGCUAAAAAUUCACUAAAAAAAAAGUGGAUCUAAUAGUAAAUUGACAGUUUAAUUAUGAAGUAGAAUAUUAUCAAUUAAGAAUAUACAAAACUUAAUGUUAUAUCUCAAAGAGAGUUCAAUUAUACAGGAAACGAGUAAUUGAAAUCUGCUAAUCUUUCAGCAAUACCAUCUUAAUUAUAACAUUAUAAUGAAAAUGAAAAUUAUUCAUUCUAGGAAAAUAAAUCCUAAGCUUAACAUAAAAGAUUCAGCUAACGAGGUUUAUAUACCAAAAGAUUGUCUAUUUCUCAUGAACAAACCAAUAAGCCAUAAGAGAAUAUCUAUAAAUAAAGCAACUUUAAAUAAAAUAGAGACUUAGAUUCUGAUUAUAAAAAUAAUAGUAUGAUUGUUUUAGAAAAUAUUAAAAAAAGAGUAGUUGCAAGUGUGUCAAAAAUAGUUGAAUAAUCAAGUAAAUCACAAAUCUAUUCUGAAAUAAAAAAUUAAUUGUUUGAGAGCAAUGGAAAAAUAGCUGAAAAUAUUAUUUUUGAUCUAAUUUUUAAAAACGAAUAAAAAAUUUGUAAAGAAAAUUAAAUCAUUUCAAAAGAUGUUUUUGAUUAACUCCUUAACAAUAAAUCUAGACUUUUCAUAAUGAUAAAGAGCCUUGCAGUAGAGCAUUUUAUUGAAUGUUCACCUAUCUGUAAAAAUAUAGCUCUUAUGCUCAAAUAAAAAGCACUUGAAACAUAUAAAGAAAUUGAUUGGUACAAAUAAUAUGUAAUAUCAGAGCCCCAAUAAAUAUUGGAUGAUUAAUUUCCUAUUUAACGAAUAAACUAUACAACUUAUUAAUAAGCAUUUGAAGAUAUUGUAAAUGAGAUGUCUAAUAAUAAAAAGGAAAAUAUUGAAAGAAAAAAUGAUAAUCUUUAACCAAAAAUGUAAAAUGAUCUAGAAAAAUAUCAUCAUAAUUACUUUAAGAAUUUAUUAUUAUACUAACCAAUUAUUGAAGAAUAUCUGUACUCAGUUUCUUUAGGUAUUUCAGAUAAAAGCAAAAUUUUAUUUUAAGUGUCAUAAGGAGAUUGCUUACAUUGUAGCCCUUAACAUGUCCGUUCAAUAAAAUGUUUUGAAACUAACAAGGUAUUAGAUUGUUGUGUAAAAGCUCAAAAUUUUUUAGAAAUUAACUAGGUUGAAAAGGGUCUAUCUGAUAACUAAAGAUUGCCUGAAUGGAUGCAAGUUAAUUUCUAAAAAUCCCAUAUUACAAUCAAAGGCACUCCAGAUCAAAAAAGUGUUGGCUUAUCUAGAAUAAAAAUAUUUGAUUCUAAAGGGUAUCUGUUAAGGCAAUUUGAUAUUGAAAUACUAGAUUAAAGAAAUCAAAAUGAAAUAAUUUUUCUUUAAAAAUCUUAAGAUUAGAAUAAUUAAUUAAAAAAUAGCUUUAGUACAUGCUAAAGAGAGAUAAAUUAGAGUGAAAAUGAAAGCCCUGGUUUAUUUAAAUAACAAAAGAAUAACAUGAAUGAUAUUUUCGAUGAGUAACUUGAUAAGUGCUUUUAAAAAAUCAAGUCUUAAAAGUUUUAAACUCUUUAAAAAAAUUCAAACUUGAUCUUAUAAAAAUGCAGUGAUAAUUUUGAAACAAUUUGA